UUGUCUGCAGAAAACUUGGCAGUUGCUGAAGAGCUGAGUUACACAAUAUCUGCACAAAUGGCGUCUGGCUGUGAGAAACUAAUUCAAAUGAGUGAUGGGAACAAGAUCCCUAUUAUAGGAUUUGGCACUUAUGCCCCUCAAUAUAUACCGAAGGCUCAGAGUGAAGAAGCCACAAAGGUUGCCAUUGACAUUGGUUUUCGCCAUAUAGAUGGAGCUUACCUAUAUGCUAAUGAGGAAGAAGUUGGACUGGCCAUUCAAGAAAAGAUUAGAGAUGGGACAGUAAAACGGGAAGACAUUUUUUAUACAGGGAAGCUGUGGAGCACCUUUCAUGUACCGGAACUAGUUGAACAAAACGUAAGACAAUCCCUGAAGACACUCCAGCUGGCCUACAUGGAUCUUUUUAUCAUCCACUGGCCUGUUUCUUUAAAGGCUGGAGUAAGUGUGAUCCCUAGGGAUGAAAACGGCAAAAUUAUUCUUGACAAAAAUGUUGACCUGUGUGCUGUUUGGGAAGCUCUAGAGAAAUGUAAAGAUAUCGGAUUGGUUCGAUCUAUUGGAGUCUCCAACUUUAACAAGAAACAGCUUGAGAUGAUCCUUAACAAACCAGGUCUGAAGUACAAGCCAGUUUGUAACCAGGUUGAAUGUCAUCCAUAUCUGAACCAGAGCAAACUACUGGAGUACUGCAAGAGUAAGGACAUUGUACUGACCGGGUACAGUGUCCUGGGCUCGCACAGAGAUCUAACAUGGGUGGACCAGACCUCCCCAGUGCUGCUGGAAGACCCAGUGCUAAAUUCAUUAGCUAAGAAACACAACAAGUCCCCAGCUCAGAUAGCACUCCGAUACCAAAUCCAACGUGGGGUUGUGCCAAUUGCGAAGAGCUAUAAUCCUCAACGGAUCAAGGACAAUUUUCAGGUCUUUGACUUCCAGCUGUCUCAAGAGGACAUGGAAACUAUUAAUGGACUGAACAGAAAUCUGCGUUAUGUGAUAAUACCAGAUUUUGCAGAUCACCCACAGAAUCCAUUCAGUGAGGAAUUCUGAGAAAUAUACAACCAUAUGAAAAUAUUAAAAAAGGAAAAUUUGUGCUAAGAUUGUGGUGAAUAUUGUUGUGUAAGUCUCAUAACAUAUGGAGUAUUCAGCUUUAAAAUUGUUUUUAUUCUUAAAAAAUAAUAGUUAUAUAAAAUUAAUUUAGUUUCAGAUGUUUUAUUUUACCUGCUGAAGCAAUUCAACAUAAUUGUUUUAUUAUUGUUCAAUCAAUGAAGAGCCAACAUAGUACGCAGUGCUAGGUAUAAUUGUACGGAACGAUAGACAGCUACAUGAAUCAGAACACAGGGAUAUAUAGCAGGACUUGGGAAAUCUUCACUGCAGUUUUUAUUUUCAGUUCUCAGAACUUUAAAACCCAUAAUUUUACUGCGAUUUUUAUUUUCACUUUGUAUAAUUAAAUCAUUUAUAUUAUAA